AUGGCCACUCUUGGAAACUUUAGUUCAGCUGAGACAAAAGAAAUGAAAAGGGAGCCGUCUGCCGCAGAAACACCAUCCCUUCCUGCUCCACGGGAGCUGGGGCAGUCAGCAGACAUGACAUAUCCUGGCCCACCGUGUGACGCUGCCGUACGAGGGAGAAAGGAGGAGCGGGAUGUCCAACCUGGCAGUGAUGGCCUCCAGACCAAACAAGUCCCUCCUGUUUCCAAUGUAAGCGUGGGCGAAGCCAGUGGAUUCUCAUCCCUCUGCUUUCCACAGAAGCUUUGGCUAAUGGUGGAAAGUGAGCGGUUUCAGUCCAUUUGGUGGAGUGAGGGUGGAAAAUGUGUGGCCAUCAAUGAAGAGCUCUUCAAGGAGGAGGUGCUGGGCAGGGAGGGACCGCUGCGGGUUUUUGCCAUGCAGAAAAUGAAGAGCUUCAUUCGACAGUUAAACUUCUACGGAUUCACCAAAGUGCAGCGGGAUUUUGGAAGAUCUCCCUCCCUGCCCGAAUUCCUGGCAGAAGAAGCAGCAGCUUCUGCUCACAGCAAGAUACUCUACUACUACAACCCC